AUGGCUGGAGAAAACACCUCACUCCCAGCGACCACUCGACAAUGGACCAUGGAUAAGUCUCGAGGCACCUGGCUGGACGCGCUUGAGCUCGAGAAUGCCGCGCCCGUUCCUUCUCUCCGUGACACGGAUUGCCUGGUCCGAAUGGAAGCGGCCUCGCUGAAUUAUCGCGAUGUAGCAAUGCUACAGGGCAACUAUCCGUAUCCCUUCAACGCCGGCCUUGUCCCGGGAUCUGACGGCGCUGGCGUCGUCAUUGCUGUAGGAGGCCAUGUCACAAACCUCAAAGUCGGCGAUCGAGUCUGCACUCUAUUCCACCAGGGAUGGGAAAGCGGCCUGCUGACUGCUGACAUACGGGCCACAACGCUAGGAAACUACUUUGAUGGUGUGCUGCGUGAAUUUGCAGUGUUUCCAGAGCAUGGGCUCGUGCCGGUCCCGAGAAACUUGUCAUCACUGCAAGCCGCUGCAUUGCCGUGCGCGGCCGUCACUGCGUGGAAUGCGCUGUUUGGGCUUGAGAGUCGCGUGCUGCAACGGGGCCAGACGAUCCUUGUCCAGGGCACGGGAGGCGUGAGUCUGUUCGCCGCGCAAUUCGCGCAGGGGCUCGGCGCGACCGUCAUAGCGACGACGUCCUCCGAAGAUAAAGCAGAGAAGCUGAGGAAAAUGGGCGUUCAGCAUGUGAUUAACUACACAGAUACCCCAGACUGGGGAGUGGUCGCUAGGAAGCUAUCACCCGGUGGUCAGGGUGUCGAUCACAUCGUCGAAGUUGGCGGCAACAGCACGAUACAGCAAUCGUUCAGGGCGAUCAAGAUCGAGGGGGUAAUCUCCAUGAUCGGCUUUUUGGGCGGCAAAGAUGCGGCGACAUCUGCUAACUUUAUAGAUUGCUUGACUACAUUGUGUAUUCUGCGUGGUGUUAAUGUUGGCUCAAAGGAACAGUUCCUCGCCAUGAAUGAAUUUAUGGCCCUGAAGGAGAUUGUGCCUGUUCUGGACGAGCGGGUUUUUGGGAUGGACGAGCUAAAAGAUGCUUAUCGGUUCUUGUGGGAUCGGAAGCAGUGGGGUAAGGUGGUGGUCAAGAUAAGUUAG